AUGUACUCACCGCCACGCAAUCAUCUCGUCGAACUGGUUGAAAGUGCACAACAGGGCGUUGCUGCGGAGGACAAAAUUGUGCUGGCUGGAUCAACUGAAGCUUGUAUACUCCCGUCCACUCUAGCUUCCGCUGUUGCUAGUAUCAUAGACGAGAUCCCUGGCCUAAUAUCUAGAAACGAGAACUCGGUUUCCUUUUAUAUACAGCUCGAACCAGCCAAAAGGAUGAGGCCGAUGGUUUUUAGACGCCACUCAAUUGGAGAUACGUUGGCCGGACCAUUGCUCCAUGAGAAGAUUGAAUUGAGGCUACGAUGUGCUGAAAGUCGACGGGUCUCGCUCAUUGAUGAUCGCAAAACACAUCUGCAAAGGACAUUUGAACGAAUACGAUACCAAGUGCUUAUACAGAGACAACGAGAAAAGAUUGUUUCGCUCAGGCGACAAACUAGAGCGCAAUAUGCUCAAAGCUCUGCUCAGCUUAAACGCCAUUUAAUUCUUCGCAAGAACGUAGAAAGGUGCUCGGCUGUAGUCGAGCACGCCCAUAUGGUGUCUAGUAUGCAAAAACUGAAAAAGUUUAUGUCGCUACGAAAAUCCCUGACGGAUAGUAUCGCCGAUAUGCUGAAUGCUCCUCAUCGAAUGCUGAUUGAUUUAGCAGACCUUUCAGACGAAGAAGAGGAUGAUCAAGCUAGGGCGAUGCCCAUGAUUGUUGAAAACGACGAGGAGUAUUCAGAUAUAGAAUCACCGUUUCCUGCCUUUUCGACUGCAAGACCCAUCGAGGAGCAUCAUGUCAAUCUCGCUAGUUUACGCUCAAGUCAUCAUCAUGGAGAGCAUAGUAAUGAGGCAGUGGUAGCAGGAGUAGAGAGUAGUAAAGGUGGGCUAGUGAUUGGUCAAGAAUGUGAUGAUGAGGAGACAGAUAAUACUAUAUUAGUACCCGAAUACGUUGAUCCGCCAUCAUUCGAUUCAUCGUCAGAAAGCAUUGAUAAGCUGCCAUCGUUGGUCGUGGACGAUGCUUCCUCGUUGUCGUCCGAAUCGACACUGCAGCCUUUCUCGUAUAGUUCGUCUCUCGAUGACAUGAGAGAUGAAGUAGCUAUCGAAAGUAAACUACGGCAUCAUAAUAAUAGUCAUCGUCGUGCAGGACUCGUAUCUCAUAUUCCAUUAGACGAUUCUGAGGAAGAAUAUCUUGCGGAAUUCGGUCCUCUCAUGCCACCUAUAAAUCGAUUCACAUUACGAGAACUCGACCUGGAAGAAAUCCUCACGAAUGCUCAACUCCGUCACGACUUAUACUUUGAUCCUAAUCUACAAUUCAAACCGAAUACGGAAGGCGAACGUGGUCAAGCUAAGCAAGCUAGAGCAAAAGAAUAUUGGACGGAUGUCGAAAGAGAAUUGACAUUGGGAUCUUGGAAGAGAAUACCGUUGCUCUUGCUAGAAAUCCGGGCCAUUGUGGUCGAGCUGCUCCCAUAUUCUCCUGGUUUGAAGGAGCAAUUAGAACGGGCUGUAGAUAUUACGCUGAUUGCACAAGAGAUUCAGCAUGGUGUCUUUGAUGGGUUGAACCUCAUCGAGUAUUUGGCGGACUUGUUGAGAGUUAAUUGUGCUCCUGCACGAGACAGAUUGGUGGACUCUAUGGUUGUCGCUUGUAAAGAUGGGGAUUUUGCGAGUACUCUGAGGAUUGUGUUUGAGGUUUUAGAGCUUAUGAAGCUGGAUUACGCAAAUCAUCAACUCCACAGACUUAGACCAUACGUGGUAGAGAACGCUGUAGCAUUCGAGUGGAGGUGGUUUAAAGAACAAAUAGAAGCUGGCACUCGUAAACUAGACGAAACGUCUACAUUCAUUCAGGACGCAGUAAAUAGAGCUGCUGUAAAUACAUCAGUCGCAGCCGGUAAACAGGAUCAGAAAGGAACAGUAACCAGUGACCGAGAGGUCGCUUCGUCUACUGAAAACCUGUUCUCUCUCGUAAACCAACAGCAACAACAGUCACCAAACAUGCAGCAAAUCUUCCAUCAAGCCCUUAUAAAUCUAAUAAGUAACGCAUGCCGGCUCACUGAAAUUGGGAUUCCAGAAACACUAAUUCUAGAUGCAAGUCGUCUCGUGACUUUUUAUAAUGAUUGGCAAGACAUCAUUAUAAUGGGAGCGCUACUGAUACUGUUUCGACAGGCAGCAGGCUCCAAAUGCUCUGCAUCAGAUCUAGCAUCCAUAAAGCAACAAUUAUGGGUCUUGUUGAAUGACGCUGAGACAUCAAUGUCUCAUGUGUCUCUACAAAUGAUUUCAGCUGCUGGUAAAAUCCGGUCAGCACCAUUGUCAGAGACUGAAUCUAGUCUGUUGAGUGGGAUGGUGGACAAGACCUUGUCUCCCAAAUCACCUCUAUAUGAAAUGUUGCAGAAGCGGCUGGGAGGCCAUUUAGAACAGUAUCUGAGUAGUGGUAGAUUGGAUUCCGAUGCUAUAAGUCGACAUGGUUUACGAGAGUUGGAGGACGAGGUGGUUGAUUUGGCAGAACGGAUUAGGAAGCUGGCAGACUUCAAUCGGUCUGUCUAUGGUACUGUGUAUAAUGCUUUGAUGCAGCAGGCGCUCUAG